CUAUCGUGACGUCACUUCUGGACGUCAAGAUGCGGCUCGGUGAGGCGAGAUGGCCAACACAAACAGUCCCAACAUGUAAUAUGGAGCCCGCGAUGGAAGCUUGAACCCGGCCUCGUCAUCUCCACGACCGACGCGUUCCCGCUCCGCUAACCCGACGGGGGCGUUCGAACGGCGCCUGACGGCGCCCACCGCGAAGCUAGCGGAGCGUCUGGGGGCUCGAGCAGCCAUCUUUUAACGAGACAAAUGUUCGGGACGACGCGGCUUCGGCGGCGGCCCUGCUCGCUGGCCGGCCCCGGAGGCCGGAGCCUGGCGGCCGGGGUGCUUGUGGUGCUCGUGGCGGCGGCGGAGCUCCUCGGAGGCUCGGCGGCGGACAAGGAGUGCGACAAGCCGUGCGUGAACGGCAAGUGCAACGCCGCGACGGGCGGCUGCGUGUGUUCCCCCGGCUGGGUCGGGGACCAGUGCCAGCACUGCGGAGGAAGAUUCAGGUUGACGGCGCCCUCCGGCUUCCUAUCGGAUGGACCCGGCAACUACAAGCACAAGAACAAAUGCACUUGGCUCAUUGAAGGACGACCAAAUUCCGUCCUUCGUUUACGCUUCGAACAUUUUGCCACCGAGUGCAGCUGGGACCACCUUUACGUCUAUGAUGGCGACUCCAUCUACGCCCCCCUGCUGGCCGCUUUCAGCGGUCUGAUCAUUCCCGAGAGUUACGGCAACGAGACGGUUCCAGAGGUGGCGUCGCAGUCGGGCUUCGCCUUGCUGCACUUCUUUAGCGACGCCGCCUACAACCUGACCGGAUUCAACAUCUCGUACAGGGUGAACACGUGUCCCAACAACUGCUCGGGUCGGGGCGAGUGCCGCCUCGCCGACGCCACGGGGGCGCCGCGGUGCCAGUGCCGAGACGGCUGGAAGGGCGACGCCUGCGACGUGCCCUACUGCCCCGACGACUGCGGGUUCCCCGAGCGAGGUCGCUGCCGGGACAAGACGUGCGACUGCUUGCGGGGUUGGCAAGGCCCCGGCUGCUCCGUGUCCGUCCCGGCUGACUCGGGUUUCUGGAGCCGGGAAGCCUUUGUCUCUGAGCCGGGCCUGGCCAGGGCCUCGCACAAGGCGGUGGUGGAGCAGGGCGUCAUGUGGGUCAUCGGGGGAUACGUCUUCAACGCCUCCGACUAUCACAUGGUCAAAGCGUUUAAUUUAAGCAGCAAGUCGUGGCUGACGUUGGACCCGUCCGUCAACAGCGUCCCACCUCGAUACGGACACUCGGUGGCGCUUCACGAGGGCAAAGUGUACAUGUACGGCGGUAAGAUGGAUUCCACUGGGAACGUGUCCAGCCAGCUGUGGGUGUUCCACGUCCAGAACCAGACCUGGGUUCUCCUGAGCCCGCGCAUCAAGGAGCAGUACGCCGUGGUGGGACAUUCGGCCCACGUGGUACCCCCCCUGCAGGAGGGGGACGCCCCCGUCAUGCUGGUGCUCUUCGGACACUGUCCUCUCUACGGAUACAUGAGCCUGGUGCAGGAGUACAACAUUCACCGCAACCAGUGGAGCGUGGCGCCCACCGACGGGGCCCUGAUCCAGGGCGGCUACGGCCACAGCAGCGUGUUCGAUGACGCCACCCGGGCCAUCUACGCGCACGGCGGCUACAAGGCGUUCAGCGCCAACAAGUGCGGCCUGGCCGGAGACCUCUACCGGCUGGACGUGGACACCAGGAAGUGGACCAUUUUGAAGGACAGCGGCUCCUUCCGCUAUCUCCACACGGCCGUGAUAGUGAGCGGCACCAUGCUGGUUUUCGGUGGAAACACGCACAACGACACCUCCAUGAGUCACGGCGCCAAGUGCUUCUCCUCGGACUUUAUGGCCUACAGCCUGGCAUGCGACGAGUGGACGCCACUGCCGCGGCCUGAGCUCUUCCACGACCUAAACCGCUUCGGCCACUCUGCGGUCGCCAGUGACGGGGUGAUGUACGUGCUGGGCGGUUUCAACAGCCUUCUUCUGAGCGACAUUUUGGCGUACACGUCCCCGCGCUGCUCGGCCUUCUCCAGCGCGGCCUCGUGCGCGCAGGCCUCCGCGGGCCUUCACUGCCUUUGGAACAGCAGCCAGGCUUCCUGUGUGCCUUGGGAGGGAAACGCCAACCCGGAGCAGCAGCAGCAGCAGCAGAUGCCCCUGUCCUGCAACACUAGAUCCUAUGCUGACAACGAGCGCUGCGACCAGUACGCGGAUUGUUACAGCUGCACGGCCAACACCAACGGCUGCCAGUGGUGCUCCGUACAGUGCGUCUCCCUCGGAAGCAACUGCACCGCCGCUUCGGGUCCCGUGCUGGACUUUGACAGCUGCCCAAAAGACAACCCGUCCUACGUUUGCAACAAGAAGACCAGUUGCAAGAGCUGUGCCUUAGACCAGAACUGCCAGUGGGAACCACGCAACCAGGAGUGCAUCUCGCUACCUGAGAACGUGUGCGGCGAGAGCUGGCACCUGGUGGGCAACUCGUGCCUGAAGUUUCUAACCGCCAAGGACUCUUACGACAACGCCAAGCUGGCGUGCCGCGGCCACAGCGCCGUGCUCGCCUCCCUCACCACGCAGAAGAAGGUUGACUUUGUCCUCAAGGAGCUGCAGAUCAUGAGCGUGGUGUACAAGGCAAUGGUGACUCCCUGGGUGGGCCUGCGCAAGAUCAACGUGUCGUACUGGUGCUGGGAGGACAUGUCGCCGUUCACCAACACGUCGCUGCAGUGGCUGCCCGGCGAGCCCAGCGACGCCGGAUUCUGCGGCUACCUGGCCGAGCCCGCCUCCAGUGGACUCAAGGCGCAGACCUGCAUCAGCCCCGUCAACGGGAGUCUGUGCGAGCGGCCGGCCAACCACAGCGCCAAACAGUGUCGGACGCCGUGCGCCACGCGCGCCACCUGCAGCGAGUGCACCAGCAGCAGCUCGGAGUGCAUGUGGUGCAGCAACAUGAAGCAGUGCGUGGACUCCAACGCCUACGUGGCCUCCUUCCCCUUCGGCCAGUGCAUGGAGUGGUACUCCAUGAGCACGUGUCCACCCGAGAACUGUUCGGGCUACCGUACGUGCGGCCAGUGCCUGGAGCAGCCGGGUUGCGGCUGGUGCACGGAUGCCAGCAACACGGGCAAGGGCCAGUGCAUGGAGGGCUCGUACCGGGGACCCUUCCAGACCUCCGUGCCGGCGCCCUCCACUCUGCCGGGCCUCCCCGCCGACCCGCCGCCCGCCCUCAACGCCAGCAUGUGCCCUGGCGAGGCCCUCUACAACUGGUCCUUCAUCCACUGCCCAGCGUGUCAGUGCAACGGGCACAGCCGCUGCGUCAACGAGAGCGUGUGCGAGAGGUGCGAAGACCUGACCACGGGACGCCACUGCGAGAGCUGCAUCUCGGGCUUCUACGGAGACCCCACCAACGGCGGCAGCUGCCAGCCAUGUAAAUGCAACGGUCACGCUAGCAUGUGUAACACCAACAAUGGAAAAUGUUUCUGUACCACCAAGGGCAUCAAAGGAGACCGCUGCCACUUGUGCGAGCUGGAAAACCGUUACCAAGGCAACCCGCUGAAAGGCACCUGCUACUACACCCUGCUGAUUGACUACCAGUUCACCUUCAGCCUGUCUCAGGAGGAAGAUCGCUAUUACACGGCCAUCAACUUUGUGGCCACGCCCGAGGAACCCAACCGAGACUUGGACAUGUUCAUCAACGCGUCCAAGAACUUCAACUUGAACAUCACCUGGGCUGCCAGCUUCACAGCGGGUACGCAGAGCGGCGAGGAGAUCCCCAUCGUGUCGCGCAGCAACAUCAAGGAGUUCAAGGACAGCUUCUCCAAUGAGAACUUUGACUUCCGCAACAGCCCCAACAUCACCUUCUUCGUCUACGUCAGCAACUUCACCUGGCCCAUCAAGAUACAGAUCGCCUUCUCGCAGCACAGCAACUUCAUGGACCUCGUUCAGUUCUUUGUCACCUUCUUCAGCUGCUUCCUGUCUCUGCUGCUGGUGGCCGCCGUGGUUUGGAAGAUCAAGCAGAGCUGCUGGGCGUCGCGUAGACGAGAGCAACUGCUGAGGGAGAUGCAGCAGAUGGCCAGCCGGCCUUUCGCCACCAUCAACGUCGCCUUGGAGACGGACGAGGAGCCGCCAGACCUGAUUGGAGGAAACGUCAAGUGCGUUCCCAAGCCGAUUGCGUUGGAGCCAUGUUUUGGGAACAAAGCGGCCGUGCUUUCCAUUUUCAUUCGCCUACCACGAGGCAGCGGAGGAAUCCCGCCGCCGGGGCAGUCGGGUCUGGCCAUGGCGAGCGCUCUGGUGGACGUUUCGCAGCAGAUGUGUUUGGGCUUCAAGGAGAAGUCGGGAGGCCUGCGCAGCCGAAAGCAGCAGCCCAGCGCUCAGCCCUCCACCUGCAUCUGACCUCCCGGCGGCUCGGCCGCCAAACCCCGCCUCCUCCCUCCCUCCCUCGGAGACUUCUCACCCGGAAGUGGUGCAUGCUGCGGGACGCAGGAUGAGGAACGGUCUUGACCCCACUUUCAUGCUGCUAGAAGAGAUGUUCGUCUCGUCCCAUCCAAGACUACUUGGGUUUUCACCUCGUUUUGUUUUUGGGGGGUUUUUUUGGGCUUAGUUGGAAGAAACAUUUUUUUGGAGCCAACAAUGACUGAGCCCCCGAAUAGCAUCCCUGAGGACUCCCGUGACCUUCUUACAAGCUUCCUCAAAGAAUCCAUUCUAUUCUGUUGCUAAUUUAAGAUACCCGGAGGACGGACGCUUUGCUCUCUCACGGAUUGGACGCAUUCCCAGAUGGUCGGAAGGGAUUCCUCCUCCAAAGGUAACCGUGGCGAUUGACGAGCUCCUGUUGGUCCAGGUCAGUCCGGCACCUUUUAGGCAAUGGAGUUAGCUCCCAGCUAGCUCUUUGCUUUGUUUCUUUUUAAUUGAGGGGGUGUGGGGGGGGGGGGGGUAAAGAACAACUCAUAUUUUGGCAUCUUGCGUGAUUCCGGCUAGUUCCUCUGUUUCCACGCAAACUUGGACAAAUUUCUGUCGGGUUACGGAACAAUGUGUUAUGUGAAAAUAUGGAAUGCCGAAUUAGCUCGUCUGUGACUCAACCCGACUUCCACUGCUGUUUUUUUUUUUUCUAGAAUUGGGAAGCAAAAGAAACCCCCCAAAACCACACGCGUUUUAUCUUCGGUGAAUCGGAAGCCCCUUCACUCACCAUUUUUGGUGGCGAUAGCAAAUUGGAGCAAUUGUGGUCGGAUUUGAACGACUCGUGCGAAAGUGCGGGAACGCUCAAAUCGUUUUUGUUGACACUUUGCUCUUGAUUUCAAACGUCGAAACAUAAACAAAGUACGUUUGAGCUGCUGUAAACGAAUUAGACGGCAGGACAGAAGUAGCUAACAAAAUAUCCGGAGGUCCCUGAGAACUGGGGGCAAAAAAUUACACCAAAAGUUCAGAAUUGCAGAAUGUGGUGUUCAACUUCCUUCCCACUCAUUCCUUUUAAUCAUCCAAAAAACAUUUUACACAAAAGGCAAACUAUUUUUGGGGGGUUGGCUUUUCACAGCGUUGUUUUUUUUGUGUUUAGUUUUUUGGCUGCCUGCUAAAAGUGAAAGAAUGACAUUUUCAUUUCAUUCAAAACACUAAAUGUGAAUAUAAAUACUUUAUUUUAUUAUUAUUAUUAUUAUUUUUCGCUGCUACCCCACCUAAUAGUGUAUUUAUUUGCGUCGUUGCGAGUUCUUCAGUUCUUUUGUCGCCAGCACCUUCACACACGGCUAGCUAACGUCGCUCGUUUUCAAAUUGUUAAAAAAAAAAGGUUGCGUUUCCAGCAGCGCCCAAUUUUUUUCAGCUGUCUUCAAUUUCAAAACAUUGAAAAGUUCACUUUUUUUCACUUGCUUGUGAGCACUUGAUUGAGCGCAGCUAUUUUUAAUUGUUAAACACUUUUUUUGUUGAUAUCCCAAUUGUUUGUUUGGUGGCCUCUACUUGAGUCUCCUAACCCCGCCCCCUUUUUAAAAAAAUUAUUAGCAAGUUCCCAAGCGUCCAUUUUUUGAGUUUUUUUUUUUAAAGCGCAUUUAUUUCCUUCUUCUUUAUCCAUCAACAUCCUUAUCGUCACCCGCACAAACCUCAGCUGCAGGUGUCGGGCAAGAAUGAACGCUCGACCAAAACUUUUCACCCCGAGAGGAAAACAGUAAAAUUUCCUCGGUUUGUCGGCGAUCCCUUUCUAAGAAUGACAACUAGCUAUUUUGUACACAAUUGGAAACGUAGCGCCAAAUGCGAGUCUGUCCUCUUUCCACGGAAUCAUUUUCAGAAGUUCGUGUUGCUUUUUCCGAUCGUAUUUCGAGUCUCGUCACUUCCUCCGAACUGUUGUAGCCCCCGCAGUACUCAAAAACAGACGACAAAAUUGGGCGGUUUCCGCCAGCCCGUCGUUGGAACUGUUUUGCAAAAUGUGACGUCAACUUUGCACGAUAUUUGCACAAGGUCCCUUGAAUCAUAAGAGUGGCUGAUAUUUGGGAGCAAAUGAAAAAAAAAAACGUUAGCUUUUCUGCGCUCUACCGAUUUAUUUCGAGACGUCUUUUUUGUCUGAUAAAAUCUCAAGUUUGACCUUUUUUACAUCAAGAGGCAUUUUUUUUUACAUUGUUUACAUCUGCGUUGUUCUCUUCAGCACAAAAGCAGAUUGGCUCCAUUUUCAUAGCUCAGCGUUCCGCGUGCGUAACAGUUAGCGUUUAGCGCUAACGUCCCUUCUUGUCGGCAACCUCCGUGGGUGCAAAGGUAUUUUUUUUUCGUAAAGCAUAAGCUGCGAUGUCGGGAAAAGGCAACGCGAGAGCAUCAUGAUUUUCAUAUGCUUGCAAUAAACAGUCAAGAAAAGCUUCGGUUUUUCUUUCUUUUUUUUUGGUGGGGGUAAGGGGGGGUGUUGGCCAGUGUCCUUGUACAGCAACGAUUUAAUGAAUUGCGAUAAUCUUGACAUUUUUCACAAACAACACUGACUGUAUUUUUAUGAUUAUUUUAUUUUUUUUUCCUUUCGAUGGUUUCAAGUGGAAGCGCGCAUUUGAACGGAGCAGUCGAACAACGUCGCCACCUUUUGGUUGGUCGUCAUCUUGCGGCAUUAAAACGUCCCGAGCUUAUUCAUACGUCUUUUGUACAUAACGGGGGAAAGUAUUGUGAAUGACAUUUUGUUGAAUGCUUUUAAACCGCAAGAGUAAUUUAUCCUCCUUUAAAAAAAAACAAAAAACGAAAUAACGUCAUGACUAGCGUUGAUGAAUUAGCAUCUUUUGUAAAUAGACGGCAAGCGAGCUAAACUCAGUCCCGCUGCUUUGCUUCUGUUGUAAAAGUGAACUAGAGAGCUUCUACAUUUACUGAUUGUACAGACAGAAAAAGACGCAAUGUUUUGGACUGAUUACAUGUGGAAAUAAAAAAAAUAAAAAAAAGAA